AUGGCGCUGCAAAGUCUUCCAGUUGAGGUCAUCUACCUUGUUUUCCAGUUUGUUGGCAGUGACGCCCUUCGAAAACAGGAAGCUUGCUGUCUACUAGUUUCGAAAUGGUGGUACAAUCUUGCAGAGCCGGUCUUGCUCAAAGACUUGGUUCUCAAUGCGAAUCUUCUCGACAAAAUGCCGGAAGACGCAUUUGAAAGGUUGAGCUUACAUGCACAGCGACUUACAGUCCAGGUGACCCAUGCAUCAGAUUUUCUCGGUGAUGAGAUAUUCAACGAUGCGAUCUGUCAAUUGUUAUCCCGAUGCGCAUAUCUGAAAGCCUUUAGCUUCCGUGCCCAAAGUGAUUUUGACCCUGAGCACCCCAUGAUGCCAGCCACAAAUUAUCUCGCAUCGUGGUCACCAAUGAGGCUUUUCGACACUCUCGAUCUUUCCGGUAUCUCGGACCUCGUCAUUGACACCUGCGGCUCCAUGUUCAAAAGCCGGGUGCAUAUCUGUCCUCAGGUACUCAAGAUUCCUUCUCUGAGAUCUCUUCGCCUGAGGAUGCAUCAUAUCUGCCCGCGUGUACUUGAGCUCGAAUCAGAUUCCAGGAUAGAGAGUAUUAUCAUCAACAUGAGCCUUAUGGAGCCUGGCUGUUUCCAUGCAGGUUUCAGUCGCCAUUGUACGGAGCCGAAGUCCGCAUACGAUCUUUAUCAAGACAUGGUAACGACCGCCACAAAUGUCGCAACCAGUCACUCUGGUAUCAAGAUGCUGAGAAUACUCUCUCAUAAACAUCCGUAUUCUGAAAUAGUAACUACUGAUUGUAUCAAGGGGAUGACGAUGAUUUUGGCGGAUAUCACUAAGGAUUGGGAGGAAGAUGGACUCCCAGAUAUCGAACAUGCCGAGCUAUCAGAUCGAGAUCUUUUCGCGGAAGACAGUGAGGACGAACCCUUCGUGACACUAGGCUAG